UGUUCAAACGGGCGCUGAAAUGGGACCUCCCUCCAAGUAGAUUCGCGUGGCUAACACGAGAAACCAUGUAUAUAUUCAAACAUCUCCAAUUUCGAAUUAUUCAAACACUACCAUUGACUUUUGCAAUCACCCAGACGAAGAAGAAAACCCAACUGUCUAUUUUCUCCGUCUCUAAGCUGCCAUCUUCUUUCUUUCUUCCUCAGCUUCUUCUCCUCCUCCUCCUCCUCCAAUUUAUGCUAAUUCUGUUGACUCAGUUGAUAUGGGUCUCUGCUUCGGUUCUCUCGCUUCCCGUGGUUCCGAGAUUAGCGCCAGAACGCUUCAUCAUUCAGGGUCUGCGACUCCGGAGAGUAGGAAUGUUGAGUCGUUUACAACAAACAGCAUUGUAGAGAGGAGCCUGUUCUCGAUGAUUGCAAAUGGAAGCGUCGACGGGUCCGAUGAUUCCCCAAAUAGGCAUGUAGUAGAAGCGCCUAAUUGCUUGAAGGUUUUCAGUUUUGGGGAUUUGAAAGCAGCCACCAAGAACUUUAAAUCGGAUUCAUUGCUUGGAGAGGGUGGUUUUGGUAAAGUCUACAAAGGUUGGUUAGAUGAGAAGACGCUUUCGCCGGCCAAAGCUGGCUUUGGAAUGAUGGUCGCUAUAAAAAAACUCAACCCUGAGAGCAUGCAAGGCUUUCAAGAGUGGAAGUCAGAAGUGAACUUCUUAGGAAGCCUUUCUCACCCAAACCUGGUCAAGCUAUUUGGUUACUGCACGGAGGAGGAUGAACUUCUCCUUGUAUAUGAGUUCAUGCCUAAGGGAAGCUUAGAGAGUCAUCUCUUCAGAAGGGUUUCUAACACACAACCACUUUCUUGGAACACGCGACUCAAAAUAGCUAUUGAUGCAGCUCAAGGCCUCGCUUUCUUGCACACUUCAGAAAAGCAAAUCAUCUACAGAGAUUUCAAGGCCUCAAAUAUAUUACUUGAUGGGAGUUACAAUGCAAAAAUCUCUGAUUUUGGCUUGGCUAAAUUAGGGCCUUCUGGAGAACAAUCACACGUGACUACUAGGAUCAUGGGCACAUACGGUUAUGCUGCCCCAGAAUACGUAGCCACAGGGCAUUUGUAUGUGAAGAGUGACGUGUAUGGGUUUGGUGUAGUGCUGCUUGAAAUGCUGACAGGCAUGAAAGCACUUGAUCCAAAGAGGCCAUCUCGGCAGCAAAAUCUAGUUGAGUGGGGUAAGCCAUGCCUCACCAGCAAAAAGAAGUUGAAAACCAUAAUGGAUGCCAGAAUAGAGGGUCAAUAUUCACUCAGUGCGGCUUUUCAAGCAGCUCAGCUUAUUCUCAAGUGCCUAGAACCUGACCCCAAGAAUCGCCCUGGUAUGAAAGAUGUAGUCGAGGAAUUGCAAGGUAUUGAAUCUACCCAGAGCAAGUCAAAAGGUUCCAAGAAAUGUUGCCAAUCUUCACCUCUUCAUCAUCAUAAAAAGCCUAUGCAUCAUUGAUCAGUUCAUGAUGGCCAUGAAAAAAUCAAUCAAUGAAUUAAGUUAUUCCAUUUGGAAAGGAGGUUGUAUAGUAAUGUGGAAAUAUCACACGGUGGCGCUUAUCUUUGUGGAAUUACAAGAGCAGAUAUGCAUUUUGCUCUCCUCCUUUUUCUCUCAUCCUAUCUUUGCCUGAAGUACACUUCGGGUGAUUUGAAUCAUAGAAAACAAAGGUUAAAAAAUUUAGAUCAAAGAUGAGUAGUCAAAUUCAUUUUAGGCACUUAUAUAUAAUUGAUUUAAUCUAAUCAUCUUUUGAUUUGCUAUUAAAAUUUGGUCAAUUAGUAUAGGCUAAAUUAGUUUUUUCAGAUUUUUUUUUUCUCGGUUGGGUGGAGGGAUUUUAGCAGGCAUUUUCGCACAUUGGUACAAUUCUUGUUUCACUAGUCAUCUUUGUGAAUAGGUGGUGUUGUUCGUUGUGUUGUGUAUUGUGAUCAUGUAAGUUCAAUUUUGAUUCUUGAAAGGCAAGUAAGACUUGUUUUCUUUGA